AUGCAAUUCUUCACCCUUCUCUGCCUCGCCACUUCCGCCCUGGCCCUCCCUCAGACUCUCACCAAGCGAGAGACUUGUAUGGACAAGGGCAGCAAGGUCACUGAAUGGACUGUCAAGGACUUCAAGUACGAGGCCGUCUACACCCAAAACACUCCCACAAAGCAGACAAACUCUGCCACCAUCACCUUCACUCUUCAGAACCGCGGUGUCGGUUAUGAGGGCAAGUGCUCAGCUAAGUCUACAGACGCCAAGAAGGACUUCUUCACUGGUAACACCGACUACAACUGCGAUGUUCCCUUCGAGGGCGACUCUGCUUCCUUCAAGUACAACCGCAAGUCCGGCGUCAUCGCCAUCUUCCAGCACUGGUCCUGCGUGAAGGAGGGCGGUUGGUACGAGGCCAAGGGUAACACAACCUUCACUCCCAAGUGUACCGAGAAGACCUGGAAGAACGCUCACUACAAGGCCGACGGUGACAAGGCCUACUCCAACCGUCGGGUCACUUGCCAGCAGAAGCAGCUCAAGGUUCCUGUUCUCGAGAUGCAGGCUGUCCUGUAG